AUGAUGACAUUCAGCCUCCUGUUUCGUCUUUUUAAUCAUCCACUGCUUGCGAUUAGGUAUGGUAACAAUUCCUUUUGUUCAUUUCAGUUCACCCUCACUGUAAACACUGGUGGCUGCCGCAAUUGCGCCGCUGCUAUAUUCCACAUAUUAAAUCGAUUCGCUGCGUUAACCCCGAUUUCUAUCGACCGAAACGAAGAGGCUGUGCGAAUUCCGUCAUAUGCUGUGUCCCGUGCCGCUGCAUUAUUACGGCAUUCCGGCUGGGAAGUAUCUUUUACGAAUCCAUCAGAGGCAGAGGCGAUCACUUGCGACCGUGUUGAUUAUGAGUUUGAGGAUGACUUAUUUCUCACCUCUAAACUUGAAAACCUAGAGCCUCAGUCCAAGAAGUCACGUGAUUCGAGUGAUAUACCACUUUCCCAGGCAUGUCCAAAUUCAAAUGAAAUCAGCCUGAUCGCCGUUUUAUCUCUGGAAGUCGAAUGCAGGCACACACACUGGGUGCCUGCAUGGAGUAUAUUGGUUCCGCGUGGUCCGCUGUUGGAUCAACUCUAUCGACAGCUUUCAGUAGAGAGGCCUUGUCCACCCUAUCUACGUCAUCUUAAGCGCAUCGAUAGCUGUCGCGUCCUCGACACUAACCAUCUGGUUCCGGUGUUUCUGGAUCUCGCCGUACCAAGGAGCCGCUUGACGCCACAUCGCUCUUCGUUUUCAGCUUCCGGUCCUCAGAUGCCAGACACGUGGUACAAAAGUUAUGGAGCUCCGUGA